AUGAGUGGUAAAAAGGAUGAUUUGAAGAAGCAGGAGGAAGAAGAGUUAUUUGAUUUUUUAUAUAAAUAUUUAGUACUUUCAAGAAAAAUCAAAUACGAAGCAUGGAUGAAGUUAUUAGGAAGCGAAGAUCUUAAAACUUUAAUUUUGAAAUUCUUCAAUAUACCAUCUGAGAUGAUGUUAACGAUACAACUUUUGCCAACUGGUGCUAUUAUACCAUCUCUUGGAAUUCAACUGAGCAGUCGAGUUAAAUCUUCGUAUUUUAUUAAACGUGAACCUGUUAAAAUUACUAAAGAUAAUUAUAGAAAGAUGAUUAUUCUUGGUGACAUGGCACCAAAACCUAUAGAAGAAGCAGCAACUUUGAUAGAAGAAGUUUAUUUACCAAUUUUAACAAAUCCAGCUAAUCAGACAGGAUGGCCUCUUGUUGCUAAAGAAGAUGUGAAGAAACAUAUUUAUGAUCUUCGUAGUUUAUUUCAUCAAAUAAAAGGAAAAAUGUUUGGCGAAACAAUAUUGGCAAUUCCAAUUGAUAUAGAACAAAUAUUUGAAGAAGGAUGGAAACAACAAGAAAGAGAUGAUUCACAAUUUAAUGUCAAGUUAAGAAGUAAUAUUGAAAGUAUUAUUAAUAAGUGGACUUCACAAAUCAACGAAAUCCUUCAUGAUGAAAAAAUAUUUUUAAGUUCAGAUUAUCUGUUGCCUAACGAUGAGUUGGAAUUUUGGUCUAAAAGAAUGAAAAAUUUAGAAUCCAUCUAUCAACAGAUAAAUGACCCACGAGUUAAAAGAAUUGGUUCUAUACUUGAAUUAAUAGAAAGUCCAUAUUACAAUUAUUUUAAUAAUAUUUGUGAAAAUGUUAUCUCUGCUAUAGUUGAAGCGCGUGAUAUAUGGGUGCAUUUAAAACCACUUCAAUAUUAUUUUGAUAAAAUACAGAGUACAGAAUUUAAUGAUAUUCAACCAUUAUUAAAGCCAUUAAUGCAUUGUGUUUGUUUGUUAUGGUCACAUUCGAAAUAUUACUGCACUACUACACGUAUUAUUCGAUUAUUAUCAAUGAUUUCUAAUUUAUUGAUAGCUGAGGCUGAUAAAUAUUUGGAUCAAAGUUCUUUAUUUGAGGGUGACGUUGAAGACAAUUUAAAACGUUUGGGACAAACAAAAAUGAUUAUGAUUUAUUAUCAAGAUUUAUUUCUAAUCUUUCGUGAUAAAAUAGAAAAUUAUUUUAAACCACCAAAUGAACCAGUCUUAUGGAAUUUUGACGAUAAAUUAAUAUUUUCAAGAGUGCGUAAAUUUGAUCAACGUUUAAAUGAAUUACAGGAUUUCUUUGAGAUAGUACAAGAAUAUCUGAAAUUAGAAAGAGUAGAAAUAGCUGGAUUAAAAGGAAACCUAUUAUACAGUAUGAUAUCUGAAAUUUAUGAAAAUUUUGUUAAAAUGUAUCGUCAAUUUGCUGAUGUUCAUUAUAAUGUUUUAAUACCGGAAGAUAUGGGUUUUAAUAAUGAUUGGUCUAAAUUUAAAGCUAAUAUAGAAAUUAUGGAUAGAAAAUUGGUCAACAUAUUCAAUGAAGCAUUUAUGGAGUGUUAUGAUGUAGAAUCUAUGUUCAGAUUCAUAUGGAUAAUAGGAACUAUCGCUAAUCGGCCGAUUUUAAUGGAACAAUUAUGGCAUAAUUAUAAUAGAUUAGUUGAAAUAAUAAAUGAUGAAUAUGACAAUAUUAAGAUCAUAACAGAUAAUUACUUUAAUAUAACUACAGAAUCAGAAAAUAAUAUCGCUAAUAAGAAUUUACAUUCCGUGUCAGAGUCUUUAUCAUUUUUAAAUAAUUUGAAACAACAAAUAAAUUAUCCCAUAGAAUGUGCAGCAUUAGUAGAUCAUCCAUUAAUAAUGUCCAAGAUAAACUUCGAUAUAAGGGAAAAAUAUAAUGAACUUAAGGUUCUCAUAGAUAAUUUGGAGCAAUUAAAUUUUGAUCCUGAAUUGACGGCAGUAAUACAAGAAAUACGUGAUAUUGUUAUAAUGAAGAAAUCAGAUGUACCUGAAGAAGCUAUCGAGCUGUAUAAUAGGAGUACAUUUUUUUUUGAAACCACUUGCAAUUUGAAUUUAAUUCUCAAUUGGUAUAACUGGUUACAAAAAAAUACUUCACCCGUUGAAUAUCAGUUGGUCAAGGAUGAAGUAGAAGAAAUAGAAAAAUUAAUAGAAUUUGGUCAAUUAAAUUAUAAUUGGAAUUCGAUAGAAGUGCCAGAAUACGUAGAACAAUUAUUAAAUGUAACACGGAAAUUGUAUAUUCGAAUAUUCAAAGUUCAGGAAAAUAUAAAUGGUCUUUUAAAAAUGAUUUAUUCUUGGGCAUUGGUGCCAGUCCUUGAAAGGAAAGAUUUAAAAGAAGACAAUCUUUUAGCGAUCGGAGAACGCGAAGAACAUUUUGCUAAAAGAUACGAAGAAAUAGAACUCGUUGUUAAAGAGUUAAAUCGUGUCUUGAAAGAAAAUUAUAAUCUUUUAUUCGAUUUAAUGCCCGAAUCUACAUACGAAGAAAAUGAAACAGACUUCUUCAAUGCAGAUGAACAAGAAGAUAGAGCGGAGAAUUUACCAAUUGAAGAACUUCCUGAAACCAGGAGAAUGAAUGCAGAUGAAACUACAGAUUUAACAGAAGAAGAAGAACUCAUCGAUGGUAUGGAAGUUGAACAAUCUGAAAUUGAAUUAGGUAUUGAAUUGACGGAAGAAGAAGCUGCAUUACAAGCAGAACUUGAAGCUCAGCGUUUUAUCAGAUGGAAACCAUAUCUCUCAUAUAUUGAUAAUUUAAUAUACGAAGGUUUGGUUCAAACAGUUUCUACAAGCUUAUGUUAUAUUCUUGAUGAAACUGAUCCCGAGUGCACUGCUUGGCCACUAUUUGAAAUUCAACUAUCUCUAGAUAAUUCCAAUUUGAUAUUUCAACCCUCUAUUGAUAUCGAUGAUCCUAAUGGUUUUUACGCUUUUUAUGAAGAUCUUUUAUUAGAUAUCAUGAAAAUGAGUACAUUAAUUAAACGUGUAGAUCCUGAUAUUGCCGAAGAACGUCAGCACUAUGGAAUAGACAUGACAGAAGAAGAAAAUAUAACUUUUAUGUUAGAAGAAACAUCCAAUAGAAUCAAAUUGGGUUUGUUUCAAGCGGAAGAAUAUCUCCAAACGUUCAAACCUCUAUCUUGGCUCUGGUUAGAUGACAAAAAAGAAUACUUGGAUUUAUUUUUACGCUUUGGACGUAAACUAAGCAAACAAGAAAAAGAUAUAGUCAGUCGAUCACCAAACAAUUUACCAGAUACUUUAAAAGAAAGGACACCCAAGUUAGAGGAUUACAAAAGAGAAAUAGAUUUCUUCAUGGAUCUUUAUAAAGAGUGCGAUAAAAUAAAUGACGAAUGCGUUUUAUUGUGUUGGCUUAGAAUUGAUUUAAAACCCUUUAAACAAAAUCUUCUUAAUCUCAUUUGUAAAUGGGCUAACGUGUUGAAAAAUCAUCUUAUGGAUGGAGUUACGGAUGAUCUGAAAAAUUUGUCGAUAUUUUUGAACAAAGCUAGCAACAAAUUUGCUCAACCUGUUAAAGAAGAUGAUUACGAAGAUUUAUUAAAAACAAUAUAUUUUCUUAAAGAGGUCAGAGAUCGACAAUUUGAAAUUGACGAUAUGUUUGAGCCUAUUAAAGAGACCAUAGAACUUCUUAAAGAAUAUCAAGUUCAAUUUGGUGAAGAAACGUUUGAUUGGCUAGUCGAAUUACCAGAAUUAUGGACAAUGGUUAAAAAACAAGCUGCACAAAUAAAACAAGUUGUUGGACCAUUGAUGUCUCAUCAAAUCAAUUUAUUGAAUAAACGUUUAAAUUAUUACGACUUUAGAGAGAAAAAGUUUCUAUCUGAUUUUUAUACGAAUGAAGUAUUCAAUUUCGAUUGUACAAAUGUCUACGAAAAAUUAGAUAACAUCAAUGUAGAAAUCAAUAAAUUUGAAGAUGAAUUGAAUAAUCUGAAAGUCACAGCGAACAUUUUUGAAUAUCACGUAGAAGAAUUUAAGCAUAUCGUUCAAGCUAGAAGAGAAUUAAAACUUGUUAAAAUGUUAUGGGAUUAUAUAAAUAUUAUUCGAACAAGUUUAGAUGAAUGGAAAAAAACGAUAUGGAAAAAAAUUGACGUGGAAGGAACGGAUAUUGAGUGUAAAAAAUUUAUUCGAGAGCUUAGACAAAUGGAUAAGGAUACGAGAAAUUGGAAUUUAUACAUACAAAUAGAAGGACAAGUGAAAAAUAUGAUGUCAUCGUUAAGAGCUGUAUCGGAAUUAAAGAAUACUGCCAUUAGAGACAGACAUUGGUUACAAUUAAUGGCUGAAACUCAAGUAAGAUUUACCAUGGAUGACAAAACAACAUUAGAAGAUUUGAUUAAGUUGGAACUUCAUAAGUACGAAGAAGAAGUUAAAGAGAUUGUAGAUAAAGCUGUUAAAGAAAUGGCAAUGGAAAAAAUAUUGAAAGAAUUAAACAAUACAUGGGCUACCCUAGAAUUUGAUAAAGAUUUACACGAACGAACUAAACUUUACGUAUUAAGAAUUGAGGAAGAGACAAUAGAUAUACUAGAAGAAAAUCAGGUUCAAUUACAAAACAUGUUGGGUUCUAAAUAUGUGGCUUACUUUCUUGACGAAGUUUUAGAUUGGCAGUUAAAACUAAACAAUGCAGAUGCUGUGAUAACCGCAUGGUUUGAUGUUCAACGUGCAUGGAUGAAUUUAGAAAGUAUUUUUAUAGGCUCGGAAGACAUUAGAAAUCAGCUGCCUGAAGAAUCGAAACUUUUUGAGAAGAUAGAUAAAGAUUUUAAAGAUCUUUUAAAAGAAAUGUUAAGUACAUUGAACAUUGUAAGAGCAACUAACAAACCUAAACUUCUUGAACGUUUAGAACAAUUAGAAAAAGACUUAAAUAUUUGUGAAAAUGCAUUAUUCCAUUAUCUUGAAACGAAAAGGCUUGCUUAUCCUAGAUUUUAUUUUGUAUCCUCUGCAGAUCUUUUGGACAUACUUAGCAAUAGUAGCAAUCCAGAAUUAGUUUGUAAACAUUUAGCAAAGUUAUACGAUUCUAUUGCUUCACUUAAAUGGAAAAUAGAACAAGGCAAAACAACGAAAAUGGCUAAUGUCAUGAUAGCAAAGGAUGGUGAAGAAAUGCCUAUACAUGGAGAUUGUGAUUGUAGUGGAAAGGUUGAAAUUUGGUUAAAUCAUGUUACGGAUGCAAUGAAAAGAUCUGUCAGAUAUCAUAUACAGCAAGCUGUUAUUUCUUACGACGAAAAGCCACGUGAACAAUGGAUUAUGGAUUAUAAAGCACAACCAUCGUUAUGCGGUACUCAAAUAUGGUGGACUACUGAAGUAAAUAUGGCAUUUGCUAGAUUAGAAGAAGGAUUUGAACAUGCUCUUAGAGAUUACUUGAAGAAACAAAUAAAUCAACUUCAAGUUUUGAUUACAAUUUUAUGUGGAGAACUUAAUGAAAGCGAUCGACAGAAAAUUAUGACCAUUUGUACGAUAGAUGUGCACGCUAGGGAUGUCGUUGCCAAAUUAAUAUCCAUGAAAGCAGAUAAUGCAUCCAAUUUUCAAUGGCAAUCACAAUUAAGACACAGAUGGGAUGAUAGCAAAGAAGAUUGUUAUGCGAAUAUUUGUGACGCUUGUUUUUUAUACGCAUAUGAAUAUUUGGGUAACGUACCACGAUUGGUAAUCACACCAUUAACAGACAGAUGUUACAUAACUUUAACACAAUCUUUACAUUUAAUAAUGGGAGGAGCACCAGCUGGACCAGCUGGUACCGGGAAAACGGAAACGACUAAAGAUUUAGGAAGAGCAUUGGGUCAAAUGGUUUAUGUUUUUAACUGUUCAGAACAGAUGGAUUAUAAGUCUUGUGGAAAUAUUUAUAAAGGACUCUCACAAACGGGUGCAUGGGGUUGCUUUGAUGAAUUUAAUAGGAUUUCCAUUGAAGUUUUAUCUGUGGUAGCAGUACAAGUUAAAUGUGUGUUAGAUGCCAUUAAAGCUAAAAAAACAAAAUUUCUCUUCUUUGGAGAAGAAUUGGUUCUUGUUAAUUCGGUCGGAAUGUUUAUAACAAUGAAUCCUGGUUACGCUGGUAGAACAGAAUUACCUGAAAAUAUAAAAUCUUUGUUUCGUCCUUGUGCUAUGGUCGUGCCUGACUUUGAACUUAUAUGCGAAAUUAUGUUAGUAGCUGAAGGAUUUCUAGAUGCCCGUUUAUUAGCUAGAAAAUUCAUAACGUUGUACACGUUGUGUCGAGAACUUUUAUCCAAACAAGAUCAUUACGAUUGGGGUUUAAGAGCUAUUAAGUCUGUUCUAGUUGUAGCUGGUAAAUUGAAACGCGAUGAUCGUUUGAGACCUGAAGAUCAAGUAUUAAUGAGAGCACUCAGAGAUUUUAAUACACCAAAAGUAAUAACUGAUGAUAUCCCUGUGUUCAUGGGUUUGAUAAGUGACUUAUUCCCAGCAUUAGAUGUACCACGAUUACGAGAUACGGAUUUUGAACAAAUAAUAAGAGGUGCUGCAGUUGAUUUGAAAAUGCAACCAGAAGAUGGAUUUAUAUUAAAAGUUGUACAAUUAGAAGAACUUUUCAACGUUCGACAUUCAGUUUUUAUUGUAGGAUUAGCUGGGACAGGUAAAACACAAGUAUGGAAAACUUUAUACAAAACUUAUCAUAAUCAGAAACUUAAACCAUAUUACAAUGAUUUGAGUCCAAAAGCUGUAACUACCGAUGAAUUGUUUGGUACUAUAAAUCCAUCAACUAGGGAAUGGAAGGAUGGAUUAAUAUCGAUGAUAAUGAGAGAACAAGCAAAUAUGUCGGGUGAUGGUCCUAAAUGGAUUGUAUUUGAUGGUGAUAUUGAUCCCAUGUGGAUUGAAUCAUUGAAUACUGUAAUGGAUGAUAACAAAGUUUUAACAUUAGCGAGUAAUGAAAGGAUUGCAUUAACAAAACAUAUGCGUUUGUUAUUUGAAGUAUCACAUUUAAGAACUGCAACACCAGCUACUGUAUCUAGGGCAGGUAUCUUAUAUAUAAAUCCGCAAGAUUUGGGUUGGAAUCCAUACGUUAUGAGUUGGACAGAUACAAGAGACAGUUCAGAACGAGCAAAUUUAGCUAUAUUAUUUGACAAAUAUGUUCCAAUUUCAUUAGAAACGUUGAAGUUGAAGUUUAAAAAAGUGACUCCUAUACCAGACAUAUGCCAUUUACAAAUGCUUUGUAAUUUACUUGAUUGUUUCUUGGUGAAAGAAAAUGUACCUCCAGAAUGUCCUAGAGAAUGGUAUGAGCUGUAUUUUGCGUUUGCUUGCAUUUGGGCAUUUGGAUCGUCAAUGUUUGAAGAUCAAUUGAAAGAUUGGCGAGAAGAAUUUAGUAAAUGGUGGCAAAAUGAAUUUAAAGCUGUUACGUUUCCUUCAACUGGUACUGUCUUUCACUAUUUCAUAGAUACAGAAACGAAAAGGUGGCUGCCAUGGGAAAGUAAAGUAACAUCCUUUGAAUUGGAUAUGGAUAUUCCUAUUCAAGCAUCUCUUGUAUCUACGGGGGAAACUGUGCGUUUGCGUUUUUUUAUGGAUAUAUUAAUGAAAAAAAAAUUACCAGUUAUGUUAGUUGGAAGUGCUGGAUCUGGAAAGAGUAUCAUUGUUGCUGAAAAAUUAGCAACAUUGCCAGAUAAUUAUAAUAUGGCAAAUGUUUCUCUAAAUUAUUAUACGACGUCUGAAAUGUUACAAAGAAUAUUAGAGAAACAUCUGGAAAAGAAGGCUGGACGAAAUUAUGGUCCACCUGGUACAAAACUUUUAGUUUAUUUUAUAGAUGAUAUGAAUAUGCCAGAAAUAGAUACUUAUGGAACUGUACAAUCGCAUUCACUGAUUAGACAAUACAUGGAUUAUGGACAUUGGUAUGACAGAGAGAAAUUAACAUUAAAAGAUAUACACAAUACUCAAUAUGUUUCGUGUAUGAAUCCAACAGUAGGGAGCUUCACGAUAGAUCCACGUUUGCAAAGACAUUUUGCUGUAUUUGCUGUUAGUUUUCCGCAUCGUGAUGCAUUGGAAACAAUAUACAGUCAAAUGCUUGAACAACAUCUAACUAAUCCACAAAAUAAAAUCAACGUGGCUGUUCAAAAAAUGACAGAGCCAAUAAUUAAUGCAGCAUUGAGUCUUCACACUAAAGUAGCAACAACAUUUUUACCAACUGCUAUCAAAUUUCAUUAUAUAUUUAAUUUAAGGGAUUUAUCAAAUAUUUUUCAAGGCAUACUUUUCUCUACUGGCGAUACAAUUCCAAUGCCAAAUUAUCUCGUAAGAUUAUUUGUUCAUGAAUCAAUGCGAGUAUAUUCAGAUAAAUUAAUUAAUUUUGAAGACAAGAACACGUUUGAACAAUUGUUGUUAGAAGUACUUCGUCAAAAUAUACCAGAAUUUAAUGACAAGAUAGUACUUGCUAAACCUAUAAUAUACUGUCAUUUUGCUGAAGGAAUUGGGGAGUCUAAAUAUAUGCCAAUCAGAGAUUGGAAUCACUUAAUUAAAUUACUCGAUGAUGCAUUAUUGAGUUAUAAUGAAUUGAUAUCGGCAAUGAACUUGGUGUUAUUUGACGAUGCAAUGUAUCAUGUAUGUCGUAUCAAUAGAAUAUUAGAAUCACAAAGAGGAAAUGGAUUAUUGGUUGGUGUAGGAGGUAGUGGAAAACAAUCUUUAUCACGUUUAUCUGCAUUUAUAUCAGCAUUAGAGGUAUUUCAAAUACAAUUAACAAAAGAUUAUUCUCUAAUUGAUUUAAAAUCCGACUUAGCUGCACUUUACUUAAAAGCUGGUCUUAAAAGUAUAGGCAUUGCUUUUUUAAUGACCGAUUCGCAAAUUGCUCAAGAAAAAUUUCUCGUCGUUAUAAAUGAUAUGUUAGCAUCUGGAGAAAUUUUAGAAUUGUUUCCAGACGAUGAAAUGGAUAAUAUCAUUAAUGCCGUACGAAAUGAGGUAAGGCAAACAGGACAAGUUGAUUCCAAAGAGAAUUGUUGGAAAUUUUUCAUAGAUCGUGUUCGUAAAUUUUUAAAAUGUUUACUUUGCUUUUCACCGGUCGGUGCAACUUUAAGAAAUAGAGUUAGACAAUUUCCAGCUAUUGUUAAUUGCACGUCAAUUAAUUGGUUUCAAGACUGGCCUCAAGAAGCACUGCAAUCUGUUUCUGCCAGAUUUUUACAGGAGCUUAAUGAAUUACCCCAAGAAUAUAAAAGGUCUGCUUCCUUAUUUAUGUCUUUUGUACAUACGAUUGUUAAUGAAACAUCCAAAUUGUAUCUACAAAAUGAGAAAAGGUAUAAUUAUACAACGCCCAAAUCAUUUUUGGAACAAAUUUCUUUAUAUUCGAAAUUAUUGAGAGAAAAAACAUUUGAAGUUCAAAAUAUGAUUACACGACUUCAAAAUGGUUUGGAAAAGUUGGACAGCUGUGCGGAAGAAGUAGAUAAACUAAAAGCUGUGCUUGCAGUACAAGAAAUAGAUUUAAUAAAGAAGAAUGAAAUAGCUGAUCAAAUUUUACAAGAAGUACAAGCGGAGAACACUAAAGCUGAAGUUGAGAAAGCUUUUGUGUCUGAAGAGGAAGUCAAAGUGGCUGAAAUAAAAGAGACAGUAGCUGAAAGACAAAGAUAUUGCGAUGAAGAUUUAGCCAAAGCAGAACCUGCUGUGAAACAAGCUGAAGCAGCAUUAGAUACUUUGAAUAAGAGUAACUUGACAGAGUUGAAAUCUUUUGGUGCACCACCUGAAGCAGUUACAAAAGUUGCACAAGCAGUAUUAGUUUUAUUUGCACCGAGAGGUCAAAUACCUAAAGAUAGAAGUUGGAAAGCAUGUAAAGCAAUGAUGGGAUCUGUAGAUGCAUUUCUUACAGCACUGCAUAAUUAUGAUAAAGAAAAUAUUCAUCCUGAAAUUGUUAGAGCUAUUCAACCUUAUAUCACUGACCGAGAAUUUGAACCAGAACUCAUUUAUUCGAAAUCUCAAGCAGCUGCAGGCUUAUGCAGUUGGGUAAAAAAUAUAAUGGUGUUUCAUUACAUCAAUGAAACUGUAAAACCUUUGAGAGCUGCUCUUGCUCAAGCUAAUGCCGAACUCAAAGCUGCAAUGGAUAGAUUACAUUAUUUAAGAAGUCGUUUGAAUGAACUUCAAAAAGUAUUGGAUGUUCUUAGUGAAAAAAUGGAAAUAGCAUUGGCAGAAAAACAAAAGUGUCAAGACGAAGCAGAUGCAACAGCUUUAACUAUAGAUCUUGCUAAUAGAUUAGUUAAUGGUUUAGCUUCGGAAAAGAUACGUUGGACUGAAACUUUAGAAAUGUUGAAAAGAUCAGGAAUUACUGUGCCCGGUGAUGUCCUACUUGUAACAGCAUUUAUUUCAUAUAUGGGUGGUUUUACGAGAAAAUACAGAUUAGAUUUACUCAAUAUACAUUGGCUACCUUACUUUGAUAAAUUAGAAAUCAGUAUUCCACGAACACCUGAUUUAGAUUUAUUAUCAUUAAUAACAGAUGAUACUCAAAUUGCUCAAUGGAACAAUGAAGGAUUACCUGCUGACAAAAUGUCAGCAGAAAAUGCGACAAUACUUACAAAUUCAAGUAGAUGGCCAUUAAUGAUUGAUCCACAAUUACAAGGAAUCAAAUGGAUUAAGAAUAAAUAUGGUGACGAGCUCAAAGUAUUGCGAUUAAGUCAACGCAAUUAUUUGGAUGUGAUUGAAUUUGCUAUUAGUAAUGGACAAGUUGUUUUAUUAGAAAAUAUUAUGGAAACAGUUGAUGCAGUAUUGGAUCCAGUUCUAGCUCGAGUUCUUAUCAGAAAAGGACGGGCUUUAAAAAUAGGAGACAAAGAAGUGGAUUAUGAUCCAAAUUUUAGACUUAUAUUGCAAACCAAAUUGGCAAAUCCACAUUAUAAACCAGAAAUGCAAGCACAAACUACGAUUAUUAAUUUUACUGUUACAAGAGAUGGCUUGGAGGAACAAUUAUUAGGUGAAGUAGUCAAAGCUGAACGUCCAGAUUUAGAAAGUACAAAAAGCGAACUUACUACUCAACAAAAUACAUUUAAAAUUACAUUGAAAGCAUUGGAGGAUGAUUUGUUACAUAGAUUAUCUUCAGCUGGGCCUGACAUUUUAAGUGACAUCACUCUUGUUGUAAAUCUUGAAACGACUAAAAGAACAGCUGCUGAAAUUGAAAUUAAGGCAGCUGAAGCUAAAGAAACUGCCAUUAAAAUAGAUAUGGCAAGAGAAUUAUAUCGUCCAGUUGCUGCCAGAGCUAGUCUUUUAUAUUUCAUUUUAAAUGAGCUUUAUAAAAUCAAUAUGUUGUAUCAAUUUUCCCUAAAAGCAUUUAGUAUAGUAUUUGAAAAUGCUAUUAAGUUUGCAGAAUUAGCUGACAGCGUCGAAAAACGUGUUUCCUAUUUAAUACAGAGUAUAACGUAUUUAGUAUAUGUGUAUACUAGUAGAGGAUUAUUUGAAAGUGAUAAAAUUAUAUUUCUUUUUCAAAUGACAAUACAAAUUUUAUUGCAUAUGAAAGAAAUAUCAUUAGUGGAAGUAGAUUUUAUUUUACGAUUUCCUUAUGUUCCCUAUCUUCGAAGUCGUGUUGACUUUUUGGAUAACAAGAAUUGGGGUGGUAUAGUAUAUUUAAGUGGAAUGGACGCAUUUCAACAUUUAGAUCGAGAUAUGGAAGGAGCAUCUAAACGAUGGAAGAAAAUUGUUGAAUCAGAAACACCAGAAAAAGAACGUUUUCCACAGGAAUGGAAAAAUGUAACAGCAUUACAGAGAUUAUGUAUGAUCAGAUGUAUGAGAUUGGAUCGUAUGACUUAUGCUGUACGUUUAUUCGUAGAAGAAAAAUUAGGCCCAAAAUUUGUUCAAUUCAGAGCUUUACCUUUUGAAAAAUCAUACGAGGAAACAAGUUCAAUAACACCAGUGUUUUUCAUCCUUUCUCCUGGUGUAGAUCCAUUAAAAGAUGUGGAAAACCUAGGACAAAAAUUAGGAUUUACAAUGGAUGGUCAAAAUUUCCAUAAUGUAUCAUUAGGUCAAGGACAAGAACCUAUCGCUGAAAAAGCUAUGAAUAUUGCAGCAGCCGAAGGACACUGGGUCAUAUUACAAAACAUUCAUCUUGUACAAAGUUGGUUACCAAAAUUAGAAAGAAAAAUAGAACAACUUACAGAAAAUCCUCAUGAUAAUUAUCGUCUAUAUAUGAGUGCUGAACCUGCUCCUGAUCCUUCUCAAUCAAUUAUACCACAAGGUAUAUUAGAAUCAGCUAUUAAGAUUACAAAUGAGCCUCCAACAGGAAUGCAUGCUAAUAUACAUAAAGCAUUAGAUAAUUUUUCACAAGAAACAUUGGACUCGUGUACUAAAGAAACAGAAUUUAAAGCUAUCUUAUUUGCUUUAUGUUACUAUCAUGCUGUUAUUAACGAACGUAGAAAAUUCGGCGCACAAGGAUGGAAUAAAUCUUACCCAUUCAGUGUCGGUGAUUUGACUAUUAGCGUUUCAGUAUUAUUAAAUUAUUUAGAAAAUAAUGUUAAAGUACCAUGGGAAGAUCUUAGAUAUUUAUUUGGUGAAAUAAUGUAUGGUGGACAUAUUACUGAUGACUGGGACAGAAGAUUAUGUAAAACAUAUCUUAUAGAAUAUUUACAACCUGAACUCAUUGAAGGGGAGUUGUAUUUAACACCAGGAUUUUUAGUACCGCCUAAUAGUGAUUACAUGGCAUAUCAUCAAUAUAUUGAUGAUUAUUUACCCGCUGAAAGUCCUAUUUUAUAUGGACUUCAUCCAAAUGCUGAAAUAGGAUUUUUAACAGCAACUGCAGAAAAUCUUUUUAGAACUCUUAUAGAAAUGCAACCAAGAGAUGUUAUUGAAACCACUGAAGGAGGUUUUUCAAUGGAAGAUAAAGUGAAAUAUACUAUAGAGGAUUUAUUGGAUAGACUUCCUGAAGAAUUUAAUAUACCAGAAUUAAUGGACAGGGUUGAAGAACCUACACCAUAUGUCAUUGUUUCUUUUCAAGAAUGUGAACGAAUGAAUAUAUUGUGUAAUGAAUUAAAAAGAUCUCUUGGAGAAUUAACACUUGGAUUAAAGGGUGAACUUACAAUUAGCUCUGAUAUGGAAGUCUUACAAGAUCAUAUAUUUAUUAAUUCUGUUCCACCAUUAUGGAAUAGAUUAGCUUAUCCUUCAAAUCUUAGUUUAAGCAGCUGGUUUACCGAUAUGUUAAACAGAGUUGGAGAACUUGCUAGUUGGACGUCGGAUUUUAAUCUUCCUUCAUCAGUUUGGCUAGGAGGAUUUUUUAAUCCUCAAUCAUUUCUUACUGCAAUCAUGCAACAAACUGCACGUAAAAAUGAAUGGCCUUUGGAUAAAAUGUGUUUACAUUGUGAAGUAACUACAAAACAAAAAGAGGAAGUCACCGCACCACCACGUGAAGGUUCUUACAUUAAUAGUUUAUACAUGGAAGGUGCUCGUUGGGAUAUUGAAACAGGUGUAAUCACGGAUGCACGUUUAAAAGAAUUGUUUCCUUUAAUGCCUGUAGUAUACAUUAGAGCAAUAACACAAGAUAAGCAAGAUCUUAAAAAUAUGUAUGAAUGUCCAGUUUACAAAACAAGAAGUCGUGGACCAACUUACGUUUGGACGUUCAAUUUAAGAACUCGUGACAAAGCAAAUAAGUGGAUUCUUGCUGGUGUUGCAAUUGUACUUCAAAUUUGAACGUAUAUUUUGUAUUUUUUUUUUUUUUUUAAAUACUUUCAUGUGUACAUAAAAUGACUUUAUUAUAAAAUGUUC